UUAUUGUUGUCAUGGCAAUGGUGUCUGGGAAGAUUAAAAAGGACUGAAAGAUUUUAUUAGAUGUGUUUCUUUUGAAAAGGAAUUGAAAGGUUUUAUUAGAUGUAUUCGUCUCAAAAAAGGAAUCUGCUUGCUAACAAACAUGAAUUCGCCCAGUCGCGCUGAAAUCCACUUUGAAGACAUGCGAUGCUGUCGUUCCUGCCUGUCCGUGGCUUCAGAAGAUGAGCUUGAGGAUUAUAUUGAUCUGCUGGAGACUUUUACUUUUGAUUGUGCAACUACUACUUUACUAGAGGCUUUCAAUAAAUGCACUUCAUUAAAUGUGCUGAUAACAGAUUUUAUUAUUGAAGGAUAUCCGCCAUGUCAUUAUAUAUGUGGACGUUGUCGUUUAGAACUCUCGCAAGCUAAUGAGUUUAUAACUCGCGCACAACUAAAUAAUCAGUUAUUAAGAGAACAAUAUAACCGUGCCAAAUCAGUACAUUCACCAAUAAGUGAUAUUGAAAUACAUGAAAUCGAAAUUAAAAAUGAGUCCCUUGCUCAAAAAUCAGAGCAUGAUGAAGAAGAAGAGGAAAUGAAAACUGAGAGUUUUUCAGUUGUCGAGUUUGACAACCAGAAUUCUCCCGAGCCGGCUGCUAGUGAGAUCCUUGAGCCGCCGGAUGACGACAUUCAUGAAGAAACCGAAAUCAUGCCACCAACACUAAUAAGUGUUGAGCGCGUAAUUUGCAACGAUGAUAAAAAUACUGUAAAUUAUGCGCAGACAUCGAUAGGUAGUAACGAAUCUGUACAAAGUGCUAACAUCUCUCGAAAUGAAGACGACACAAAUAUUGAAGAAACAGAUAAGACAUAUUUUGAAUUCAAAUGUGAGUUUUGUACUUGCAUAUUCGAGUUUCAAAGAGAUUUACUGCAACAUUAUGAAAUUGACCACGCGGACAAAACACUUAAUUUUCCCUGCGACAUUUGCCAAAAUCGAUUUGUAACGAAAAAUGCUCUGCGUUUGCAUCGACGUCAGGUGCAUCAGAAAGAUGAAUAUCUGGAUUGUGAGCAUUGUGGACGUACCGUAUUGAAAACAUUCUAUAACGUACACUUGAGACGCCACAAACAACUUAAAUUCUUAUGUAGCAAAUGCCCAAAAAGAUGUGUUUCGCGUUAUACACUCAAAAAACAUAUGGAAUUGCACUCCGAGGAGCGUGAUCGCAAUAUUGAAUGCGAUUGUGGCAAACGUUUCUAUUCACUUGAACAUCUGCAAUUACAUCAAACCAUUCACAUUUCACCCGAAGAUAGAGCAGUAUUCGAAUGUACUGUUUGCUCAAAAACAUUCUUACGCAAAGCGAAUCUUGGUUUACAUAUGCAAAUGCAUCGCGGCGAGACUAUGGAUUGUCCAUAUUGCGAUAAGAAAUUUGUAAGGCGUAAAGAUCUGGAAAUACAUAUACGUUUCCAUACUGGCGAUUUUCCAUACUCUUGUUCGAUGUGUGACCGAAAGUUCGCAAUUAAAGGACAUCUUAAUUACCAUGAGAAACGUCAUCUGGGUGUGCGUUACAAAUGUGACGAAUGCGAGAAAACAUUUAUAAAUAUGGCCGGUUUGCGACAACAUCAGUAUGAGCAUACGGGUAUGCCAUUAAUGUGUAGUGUUUGUCAGCGUGGCUUUCCAACCAAAUUCAAGAUUCGCCGCCAUUUGCGCAACGUACAUAAACACCUCUUUAAGAAAACUGACUACUCAGAUGCAUUAGCAGAAGAGUAUAUAAUCGCAACGACAAAUUCAAAUCAAGCAAUAAAUAAAGAAGCAGAGUUAGUAGAUGUACUGGAAGACUCAAUCGAGAUGCUUGAAGAGCAUGCCGAAGACAUUCCAUAAAAUAUGCUGUCCGUUUAAGAUGACAAUUUUCGAUUAAAUAUUAUGGAAUAUUUCUAGUCACAAAUAGAAUAUUUGAAAAUGUAGCCAAAUUUUAGUAAAUAAUAUU